AUGGAAACCCUUGCUCCUGGCCUAGCUGACGCCGGGGUUUUUGCAUCGAGCGCAGCUAUAGUCAUGUGGGCCUGGUUCUACCUUCCUGAACGGUUGCCACGGACGUACGAAAAAUGGAUUGGAGAGGUGGCGAAGGUAGAUACACGGUUAAUCGAAGCUCUUCGUCGCGCUCGCCGUGGGGUCUUUGUAUACGGGAAAGAUACAGGCCAAGCCCCGCUCCUCGAGUCCAUGUGUAGGGACUAUAAUUGGCCUGAGGAAUGGGGAGAUCCAUCUAAGGUGGCUCCCAUUCCAUGCGAAAUGGUGCACAUGGGUGCCGGUCCCAAUUGUGAGAAACACGCAAUAUCGCGCUUUGCCAGAACUUUCAAGUUUGCCUGUGCAACCUAUAUCCCACUACAAAUUGUUCUCCGCCUACGGGGUAUAAAGUCCCCGGCUGCACUGGGCCGUGCUAUCUCCGACGCUGCCCGGUCAUCUGCUUUCCUUGCCUCAUUUGUGAGCCUGUUCUACUACUCCGUAUGCCUAGCUCGGACACGGCUAGGUCCCAAGAUCUUUGAUCCGAAAACUGUCACUCCGUUAAUGUGGGACUCUGGUCUCUGUGUUGGGGCCGGAUGUCUCAUGUGUGGUUGGAGUGUACUGGUCGAGAAAGCGCGGAAGAGACAGGAGUUGGCGCUCUUUGUGGCACCUCGGGCUGCGGCGACGGUGUUGCCACGGUUGUAUGAGAAGAAAUAUCAAUACCGCGAGCGCAUUGCCUUUUCCAUCAGCGCUGCGAUACUACUAACUUGUCUUCGUGAAAGACCACACAUGGUCCGUGGAGUUUUCGGCCGCAUUACGACAAGCGUGUUGAAGUAA